AUGGUGCCUAUAGAGUCCCCUGCGGCCCAGCACCCGGCUCUAGGCACCCUCAUCGACGAGGACACUCUCCAGCUUGUCGAGCUCCUUGGUGUAGGGGGCUACGGCGUCGUCUACCGAGCCGUCGAUGCUUUCUCCAGCUCCUUCGCCGUAAAGUGUCUUAUAAGCAACCAAGGAUCCUCGCUUCGCCGACAGCUCCACAUCCGGGAAAUCACUCUUCACCAGCUCGCGUCGGCUCACCCGGGUGUUGUCACACUCCACCGCGUCGUAGAGGAGCGGGGGUAUACCUACAUCAUCAUGGACUAUGCGUCAGACAACGACCUGUUCAGCCAAAUAUUGCAUGAGAGUCGGUAUCUUGGGGAUGACCAGCUCCUCAAGCACAUCUUCCUCCAACUUGUUGACGCAGUGGAUUACUGUCAUUCCUUGGGCAUUUAUCACCGCGACCUGAAGCCCGAGAAUAUCCUUUGUUUCGACCGUGGCCACAGAAUUGCUAUCACCGACUUUGGCCUCGCCACCACCGAGAAGUCGAGCAAAGAAUUCAGGACAGGUAGCGUGUAUCACAUGAGUCCAGAAUGCCAGGCUGGCGAUUCUGAACGUCCUGCCCCAUAUUCACCCUUGUUCAAUGAUGUCUGGUCGUUAGGGAUCAUACUCGUCAAUCUGGCAACGGGGAGAAAUCCCUGGAAGUCAGCUACGCCCGAUGACUCCACUUUCCAAGCUUAC